UGGUGUUGAGGGCGACGACGGGAUAGAGAAGUAAGAGAAGACGAGCUGUGUGCCAACCCUGGCCCCGGCCGAUCGUGUAGUGUCUAGUGUGACGAGAUGACGGGUGCGCGGAUGAGACCCGCGCUCGUAGGCCUCCUCCUGAGCUUUCUAGCCGUUGCCUUACGAGGAGUGCAAUGCGAAGACGAGCAGGUACCAUCCGAGGACCUUUGUCGACCGUAUAUCGAGAAGGCGCUCAAGGAUCUCGGCACAGGAUCUUUGGAUCAGACCAAUGCAGAGAUCGAAAUCGAGAUCGAUCAAGAAAACCAUCUCAUAGAUGAUGAAGAAGUAUCACCCAUGAGCGAAGAAGCCGGCGAGGCAGCAAACAUUUCGAAAGAAGAUCAGGAGGGAUCGGUAGAGGAAGAUGCAAAAACGACUGCUGAUGAGACAAAGGAAGCAACUGAAGAGCAAACUGAUGCUAGCGAAGAAAAAACACAAAAAAUAUCCGAAGAAGAAGAACAAAGUGAAGAAGCCGUGACUGAUAAAAGUAUUGAAAUUAGCAUCUUUGAAGAAGAAGAAGCAGAGAAAGCUGAGGAAGCAUCCACUGAGACAACUGAAGACGAAGGAAAAGAAACUGAUUCUUUCGAAAAAGUGACAGAAAGCGAAGAAACGAGAACUGAAGAUGAAAAGCUUAACAAAGAAAAAUCUGACGAAGAAACAAAAGAAAAAGACGAAAAAUCCGAGGAAGUAGACGACGAAGCGAAGUCCGAAGAAAAUGAGGAAUCAAAAGCUGAAGACGAGGAACAAAGCGAAUCCAAAGAGGCCACCGAAGAAGUAGAAGUUGAGUCUAAUGAAGAAGCUAAAACUCAACAAACAUCCGAGGAAACUAAUAUUGAAGAAGAAUCUGAUAAAGACGAAGAAAUUGAUAGUAAAAUCGAAGAGGACACCGAAUCAAUUGAAGAUCAAACGGUGAGCGCUGAGGAUGAGAAAAGUGACACUGAGGAGAAGAUUCAGAAUGAAAGCGCUGAAGCUGAGAGUGAAGAAAAAGACAAAGAAAGUACAGAAGAUGCCAAAACAGCAAGUUCCAAAGAUAUAGAAGAAGAAACAAAGUCAGAAGAAGCAGAGGCAGAACUUGCUGAAGAAGAAGAAGGUACAACAAUGUCUGCGGAAGAAGAAAUGAAAUUACAAGAAGAAGAAACAAAAUCUGAAGAAACUGAAACAAAAUCCACAGAAGAGGAAGACGCGGAGACUGAAGAGAAAGAUGCAAAAUCGGAGGAAGAGGACGUAAAGUCCGAAGAAGAUAGAAAUAAAGAUAUAAAAUCGCGCGACAAACGAGAAAUUGGUGAAGAAAGCACUGAAGCAGAUGGCGAAUCGGAAGAAGUUGCCAGUGAUGAAGAACAAAAAUAUACUCCAGAGGAGGAUCUGAUUCAAGAAAUCGAAAUUCCGGAAAAUCUUCGACCUAGAGAUCAUAUUAACCAAUUGUUAAAAAUGGACGAAGAAAAUGAGGAAAAAGAGAGAGCUAUACAAAGAGAAGCUGAUAUUAUUCUUAGAGAUCUAAAGAGACUCUACGAUAACGCUAUAAAGCCAUUAGAGACUAUGUACAAGUAUAGAGACUUGAGUAAUAGGCAUUUCGGAGAUCCCGAGAUAUUCUCCAAGCCAUUAGUACUAUUUAUGGGACCGUGGAGUGGCGGGAAGUCAUCCAUCAUUAAUUAUCUGCUCGACAUCGAAUACAAGACAAUGUCAUUGAGGACAGGAGCAUGGAUAUACAGAGAGUGUUUAGGUGGUUUGAGAAAGUGCUUAGAAGAGCAUUGCAAAUCGCCAAAUGGAAAAAAUGACACAGGAGCCGAGCCAUCACCGGCCUACUUCAACAUAAUAAUGCACGGCGAGGAAGAGGAGGUUCUUGAUGGCACCCAGUUAGCCGCCGAUUGGACUUUUUCAGGAUUGCAGAAGUUUGGACAGGGUCUGCUAGAUCGUCUCAGAGGCUUGCGAUUUAAUAAUAAGUUACUAGAAAAGGUAAACAUUGUCGAGAUUCCGGGUAUUCUAGAAAUCCGGAAGCAAGUUCAACGCUUAUUUCCCUUUAACGAUGCGUGUCAGUGGUUCAUCGAUCGAGCAGAUAUCAUAUUUUUGGUUUACGAUCCCGCCAAGUUGGAUGUCGGUCCCGAAACCGAAGCGAUUCUUGACCAGUUAAAGGGAAGAGAAUAUCAGACCCGUAUUAUCCUUAACAAAGCCGAUCAGGUAAAGCCCGAAGAACUCAUGAGGGUGCAAGGCGCCUUAAUCUGGAAUAUAUCACCGCUCAUGUCAAGUGCGGAGCCGCCAAUAAUGUAUUCGACGUCGUUAUGGUCAUUACCCUACGAAGCCGGUGCGCCUAUCAGGUUGUUGUACGCUCAAGAACGCGCAUUCCUUCGCGACCUACGUUCCGCAAUAAACAAGAGAGUCGAGCACAAAAUAGCAAGCGCCAGAAGAUUCGCCGUACGAGUACGUAAUCAUGCUAAGAUGGUGGACUGUUACUUGACGACGUAUUAUAAUCACAAGACAUUCUUCGGCAACAAGCGAGAGAUCAGCGACAGAAUCAUCGAAAAUCCACAGGAUUAUCAUAUCUAUGAAGGCCUCAGCACUCUCACGAACAUAUCGCGCUACGAUCUACCAGAUCCGGAUGUCUACCGUGAUUUCUUCCGACUAAAUCCACUUUAUGAUUUCCCGCUGCUAAGCUCUACAUGCACAUAUUUCCGCGGCUGUCCGAUCAACAGGCUUGAUGUAUCCAUCGCCUAUGACCUACCCGAGUUGGUAGGCAAGUAUAAGAAGUCGGUAGAGGCGGUGUUGCAUGAGAGCGAAGGUAACAGUCCACCGAGUUGAGUGCGUAUCCGCGUUCCAGAAUGGAGCUCUUGAUACCAUGUGAAAUACGGACUGGCGAUAAAGCGACGUUUACCUCCGCUAGACCGAGAAGAAACACUCAGCCUGUACCCGAAAUGCCUUGGUAGCGCUUAAAAAUGCUCGAUAACGGUGAACGAGCUGAAAAACGUGGUCCGAUAUUUGAGAUGGUACCAAGGAUUUUCUUCUUAAAACACAGGCAACUAUAAAUCGCGCUAUUCUCGCAAGUUGAAUUCGAGCUGCUUUAAUGACAACGAAUCGGUUUGCAAAUGAAGCUGACGGUCGCGAAAGCAACGGAAGCGGAAGGGCAUGGAGUCUUGGAGUACGAAAAUUGGGGGGGGGUAUCAUCAUUUGAACGAGUGAAUAACGCGCGCGCCGUAUAAUUUCUAGAUCCGAAUAGUUUAACAUCGUCCUUCGACAUGACACAAUGUGAACAUGCUGUGGAGUGUGAUAUCACGAGUUUAGUGGUCGAAACACUUCCUCGGUUGCAGAAGAAGAGCAAGUGUAUUGCUUGUAUCUGGUAAAACAAUGCGAGUGCUACCAUUCCGAUCCAAAAAAGAACAGUGAGAGUUUCCAUUCAAUUUAUAUAUGUUCAGAUAUCGAUUCGGCGAAAAUUUGAGACUUCGGUGCAGCAAUAGCUUAUCUUUUCUAGGUAUAUAAAAAAUUAUCAAAAAUUUAAUCAAAAUUCAAGAUAAAUUUUAAUUAGGGAUGUAAAACUGGAUCGUAAAAUUACCAGAUAUCGGAUAUUCGUAAAAAAUAUAAUACC